AUGGCGACACGUACUCAACAAAACAUCUUGGAAGAGAAGGCUUACAGCAAGCAUGAGGAGUUUCUGGAUGAUGUGCCCAACGAGGCCAACAUCUUGACUCCUGAGGAGCUGGAGGUCGAGAAGAAGUUGCGUCGAAAGAUUGAUCUUCUGAUCAUGCCUCUGGUUGUUUUGGUUUACUUGAUGAACUAUAUCGAUCGCAACAACUAUGCAGCCGCUCGUCUGCAAGGUCUUGAAGCCGAUCUUGGACUCAAAGGCGACCAGUACCAGAUUGGUCUCUCGCUCUUCUUUGUAUCCUACAUUCUUGCUCAGUUGCCGAGUAACCUCGCCCUCAACUACUGUGGACGCCCCUCUUGGUACCUCGGGUUCUUCAUCAUCGCCUGGGGUCUGGUGUCGACAGUGACCAGUCAAGUCCAGAACUUCGCUGGCAUUCUCGUGUGUCGCGUGGUACUUGGCUUCACCGAAGCACCUUUCUUUCCGGGUAUUCUCUUCUACCUCUCGAAGUGGUACACCAAGAAGGAGCUGAACCUGAGAAUGUCCCUGUUCUAUGCUGGUUCGUUGCUCAGUGGUGCAUUCGGUAGUUUGAUCGCCGCCGGUAUUCUGAGAGGUCUCAACGGUCACAACGGAAUGGGUGCAUGGCAGUGGCUGUACAUCAUCGAAGGUGUGAUCACCGUUGGCGUUGGCAUCAUCGUCGUGCUGUUUUUGCCCGACUUCCCCGAGACCUGGAAGGCCCUGACCCCCGAGAUGAGACACGUCGCCAUCAAGCGCCUUUCUCUCGAUGCCGCGCAGGCCGAUCAGGAUGAAGAGGGUGGCAUGUCGCAGCUCAAAGGAAUGAAGAUGGCAUUCGCGGAUCCCAAGACAUACCUCCUGGCUUUCAUGUAUUUCUGCAUCACUGGCGCUGCUGGUUUCCAGAACUUCUUUCCUACGCUCACAAGAUCCUUGGGAUACGGCCCCUUUAUCUCUCUGUUGCUGGUUGCACCUCCAUACAUCUUCAUGGUGUUCUGGUCGCUAUUCCAUUCCUGGAUGUCUGAUAAGAGGUCGAACAGAUUCUGGUUCUUCAUCUACCCGAUUCCAUUGGCAAUCAUCGGCAUGGUCAUUUUCAUGACCACCAAGAGCUUCGGCCCCCGCUACUUUUCCUUCUUCUUGAUGAUGUUUGUCUUCACCAUCAAUGGAACGCAAUUCGCCUGGAUUUCGAGCUCAAUCCCCAGACCACCUGCCAAGCGCGCUGCUGCUCUGGCCAUUAUGAACGCACUCGGAAACUCAACCUCCAUCUGGACCUCGUUUACUUACCGUCCUGGUGACAAGCCUUACUACCGCCCUGGUCUUGGUAUCGCGGCUGGUCUGUUGGUCGGCGCCUUUUUCCUCGCCAACAUUCUGCGCUGGUACUUGCAAAGACAGAAUAAGGCACUCGAGGAGCUGGAGAACGAAGGCUCGAACCUAUCGCCAGAGCGCCUGAGAGCGUUGAUGAAGAGAGCCGAAGUGACGGACUUGUCGAUGAUGCAGAAGGGCUUCCGUUAUCUAGUUUGA